UCAGAUAUUACUACCGUACAUUUAUACUUACGUAAUGGCGUGAUUUUAUGUGAAAUAUUUUGAUAUCUAAAAGAUCCACUAUGGUGUGGGAUUUGAACAAAUAACUUUGGAGAGGAGUCGGUUAUACGUCUCCUUGAAUUUUCAAGUGCAAAUGUACCAUAUUUUUCUCAUUGCUAUUUUUAAACAAUGGCGGAUUUCCUACGAACUAUGUAUAUUGCAUGCAUUUGAUAUUUAUUUUUUUAUCUUUAGGCUAACCUAGCACAUUCCUAUCCAAAUAAAGGAAAAUAUGUGAAAAAUACUGAUAAAUUUAAUUAGUGGAACUUAGGAUGUUACAAUCAUAAACUAACGGAGUUAGAUUACUUUUGAUCAGAUUGGCCUGUUGUUAUGGGCAGAACUCAGCCCCUCUCAUUAUUAGAUAAGGUUGUUAGGCUUUAUUAGAUAAGGCUGUAGGAGGUUUGUUAGGUUUUAUUAGAUAAGGUUGUUAGGAUGUUUGUUAGGAGCCGGCUCUAUAUAAGGAGAGGCACCAGUCAUGUGGAAUUAAUCAAGAAAGAAGUUAAACCUAUCUCUAGUCUCCCCUCUUCUCUGUUCGACCUCACCCAAACUCUGGGGCGGCAAGGCUGCAGGCCUCGCCUUCCCGUUGAGCACCCCAAUUCAUUCCUCCACAUAACAUCCACCCCACCACGCCAUUCACCAUGCCUGCCAUCCAUGACCUCCACAUGCUGCGCCAAUCCUCCAGGGCCAUGCAGACCUCCAUCACGGAGAUCACAGCUGGGCUCGACAAGGUGACAGAAUUGGUGUUGGCACUCCGUGCGGGUUUUGAGGCCAAGGGGGUGGCGUUGGAAACUACGACGACGACGCCCUCUCCGCCACUCGCGACGGCACCGCCUUCUCUGCCAUCGUCCCUGUUCGCGGCUGCGGUGGAGGAACCGGUGAUGACGAUGCCCUCUUCACCGCCAUCGGUCCAAUCGGCGGAGGUGCUGCAGCCCCUGGCUGUAGUGCCAUUUUCUCAGUUGUCGUUCGCAUCCGAGGCUGCGGCAGUGCUGUCACACCUCACAACAGUCCGGUCGGCGCUCGCUGGGGCACCAUCAACUCAGCCAUCGCCAUGGAAGACCAUCGUGUCGCGUCGUCACCGUUCCCUUCUGCGACCACAGCAGCAGCGAGGGAUCUUCCAGCAGCUUCCUCGAGCGGCGGCUGCGAUUACGCUGAGCGUUGCUCGACGACGGGGAGCAUCACGUGCGGCGCCAACGGCGUGGGAUCCAGGCGGGCCACGCGCGCCGGGAAAGGGGGCGCAGCUGCUGCAGCACAGCGUGAGCAACACGCGUGUCAACCUCCUGGGGGUGGCGCCGUCUACAUGAGCAGCAGGUGUGCCACGAGAGUCGGCGCAGGAGGCAGCUGGUUCCUCGCGACCCCACGGCGUCAGCCCUUCUCACAUGCGGCUGGUGCGCAUAGCCGGUACGGCGCGUCCUCAUGCAGUGAUUGCGGCAUGCACGGCGCAAGAGAUGUGACUUCUGGUGGCGGCGUGAGAUAUGGGAACGGUUCCUCGUUCGUCCCUGCUGUUCGGUGGGUCAACUGGACCGUGUCUUUUUGGCUGGUCACGUGAUCCUCUGUUGAGAAGACAAGAUCCAUACAACAUGUCUUGGGCCAGGGGCUAUUGGAGUGGGCUGCAGUUGUCUAGGCACCACACAGCUUUGGUCUCCUUUGGCAAACAUGACAGCAAGCAGGACAUUUGUGGUUUUUGGAACACACAGUCACAUUGGUAUGGCGUCCUUCCUCUAUGUUCUUCUGGAUGGGGCCCACCUGAGCUUGGCAGCAGAAGAAUGGCAUGGAACACCAAAAUAAUUUUAGAUUUAUUCUUUCCAAAUAAUGUUAGGAGCCGAGAUGUAAAAGGCUUAAUAAUAGGACAUCAUGUGAAGACAAGCUUGCAGCUCGCGGGCGAGCUGCUUCCGAAGGAGGAGGGAAAGGGGACUAGGAUGACAUGGGUGAUCGGCACCCCUCAACCUUUAGGCAUGGCUUCCACCGCAGCUCGAGGACGAGCUGUCUCGAAGGAGGGAUGGAGAUGUUAUGGGCAGAACUCAGCCCCUCUCAUUAUUAGAUAAGGUUGUAGGAGGUUUGUUAGGCCUUUUGUUAGGAUGUUUGUUAGGAGCUGGCUCUAUGUAAGGAGAGGCACCACAGUCAUGUGGAAUUAAUUAAGAAAGAAGUUAAACCUA